AAAGUGAAUUGUAAAGCAAGAACAAGGAUUCCAACAUCCAAAGGACCCAUCUGGUUACACGUCUAUGAGAAUUCGAUCGAUCAAAAGGAACAUUUAGCAAUCGUGAUGAAUCCAUUGAUCUUAUCCAAAUCAUUAAAUGAAAUCAAAUCAACAGAAGAAACUGAUUUAGAACGAAUCAUUCGAGGAGCUUUACCUCUUCAAGAAUAUUUGAAAAGUCAUGACGAAAAUCCCAAAGAAGAUGACCAGGAGAAACCGAUUGUGAGGAUCCAUAGUGAAUGCUUUACAGGUGAAACGAUUGGAUCGAAUAGAUGUGAUUGUGGAUAUCAAUUAACUCAUUCGAUUGAAUACAUAUUGAAUUUAAACAAAUCUAAUGGAUUGAUUAUUUAUUUAAGACAAGAAGGUAGAGGAAUCGGAUUAGAAAAGAAAUUAAAAGCUUAUAACUUACAAGAUUUAGGAUUUGAUACGAUUGAAAGUAAUUUAUUGUUAGGGUUUGAUGAUGAUUUAAGAAAUUAUGAUUUAGGUAUUCAGAUCUUGAAGGAUUUUGGUUUAAAGGAAAUCAAGUUGAUGACUAACAAUCCUAAGAAAAUCUUGUCAUUACAAGCAGGAGAGGAUCAGGAUGGGAUUGAAGUGGUGGAGAGGAUUCCGAUUGUUUUGGAUCAAAAGGAUGAGAUUGGGGAUGAAGUGAAAGGUUAUUUACGUACAAAAAUCCUAAAAAUGGGUUAG